AUUCAGCUACCCCAAUGGAGAGGGGGUUAGUAUAUGUGUAUUGAUUCGACGGCUAUCGUCACUCGUGAUGGAGCUUGACAGGCUACUAUUCGUUGGCAAGUAUAUAUUUAAGAAUAUGGUAGGAUACUGUGAUAUGAGUAUAUUCUUGAUUCCGAACCUAUUUCAUUUACUUCCAUAUAUGUCUACCUAGGUGAUCUAGAUACCUUAGGCAUAUACUAAUACAGGUCGUCUUAACUAUAUGUAGAUAUCUCGAGAUAAAACUACUGCCAGGGCCUAAUAAAUUAACGUCCUCUCAUCCCUAUCCUAAGAGUUGCACAACCAGCCAUGGCAUCGCCACCCACCCCCCUAACACAAGAGCAGAAGGACUUCUUCCUCGCGAACGGCCACCUCAAGCUAAGCAACUGCUUCACGCACGAGCAAGCCGCCUCCGUAACCGAGGGGGUAUGGACGCGCCUGGGCAUGUCGCCGACAGACAAGUCGACAUGGACCAAGGAGAAAACCAACAUGCCGUCGCACCGGACCUUCGACUGCGCCGAGUUUGCGCCGAAGGCGUGGCACGCGAUCUGCGAGCUGUGCGGCGGCGAGGACCGCGUUAACCCUGAAUCCCGGCAUUGGCGGGACUCGCUGAUCGUUAACUUGGGCACGGCGGAAGGGGAGGGCAGGCCGGUCCCGCCUAAGGAGCUGACGAAUUGGCAUGUCGAUGGCGAUUUCUUCGUGCAUUACCUGGAUAGUCCCGAGCAGGCGCUGCUUGUGAUCCCGCUGUUUACGGAUAUUGUUUCGGAGGGAGGUGGUACGAUGCUUUGCCCGCCGGCUAUCAAUCGGGUUGCGAAGCAUCUGUACGAGCACCCAGAAGGCGUAUCACCGCGCAUGGUACCCCGAGCGCACCCGGAUUUCCCGCGCGAGAAGAACCUAGAGUGGUACAUCGACAUCGCGCAAGACUGUGCGGACACCGACUUCGUCGAGGCUAUGGGCGUCGUAGGCGACGUGUACCUACUCCACCCCCUAAUGAUGCACAGCGCAACAAGCAACGCGCGGCGCGCCGUGCGCAUCAUUACGAACCCCCCGGUCAGCAUCCGGGAGCCGUUCCGCUUCGACAGACCGAGUGCCGAGGAGUACAGCCUCGUAGAGCAGAAGACCAUGGCGGCGGUGGGCGGCCCGGAGAAGUUGAAGGGGUGGAAGAUCACGACGCCGAGGGAACGGGUGGUCCCGGAAAGAGUGCGAAUUCAGGAGGCGAUGAAGCGGGAGGAGUUGCGUAGGUUGGAGGAGGAGCGGAGGCUAGGACAGGGAAAGGUUGCUGUUGCUGCGGCUUGAUGGGAUGAUGAGGUGAGGGUGUAUAAGGGGGUAUCGUGUAUAACGAGGAUUAAUGAAGAACCAAAAUUGUGUAUUGGCUUCUAAUGUUAAGACUAGAAUGUAGCCCCUUUUAUGAUUCGCAUGAUACUAGUUAGGAUUAUCUUCGUUUCGACGUAAGUAUCCUUGAUUAUUACCUCUCAUGACAUGACUUUACUAGAGCUCGCUGCUGAGAUUGUUUCGAUAGGGGGCGUGUCUUAUACGACUCUUAUAUUGUUGUCGUCGGAACUCAUAUUCCUGUCUCGAUUGAGCACUAUGGUUAUGAUUGUUAAUUCUAACAUAUUAAUAAAUAUAUAUUAUAUGACAAGGCCUAAGAGUAUUAAGGUAUGGAUAAUCAGACAUGGUGCACAUUAUUGAG